CGGACACCGGUGUCAUUAUGGAGCCUGCUGGGGCUAGAAACUAUGGAAGCUUCCUUUCAACAGGCAGGGAUUCGGAAGAUAUUACAGAUCGCGCCAUAAGCGCCGACCUUCAUGGGAUGACGGAGAAGAUACUUGUGCAGAAUGCUGCUCAGGGCGCUGCUCAACUUCUGAAUCAACAAGGAUUGCGCAGCUCUGUUCUUAUGUUGACAGAAAAAUCUUGUGUGGUCGAUGACUUGAUCAACAUCUGCGUUGUAAUUAUUAGAAGGAUUUCCUAGAAUUAUUUUUGAGAAAUACAAAUGUACACCGCGGCCUGGUGGCUUCUAGAAGUUGUAAGCACAGUCUGUCAAGAUGAAAUGAAUCUCGCAGUAAGGUACUACACUAUUCUAAGGAAAAGGAUGCUGAUGGCAGACGAUUCGUUUAUGUGCCGUGUUGGACGUCGGGACGGGAAGACAAGCGCUUGAUUCGACACCAACUUGAUGAACAGGUAGAACGGAAGCUCCGAAAAACAAGAAUGCUUACGGCUCUUAAUCGUGCCAACUAGUCGUACUCAUCUUCUUGGUAAUCAGAACAUUAUUUUUCAGCGGUUCUCGCCGAAUCAGAGAGAACAUCUGUUUCAGGUACUGUUUUCAGGUACUACUUGGCAACAGGAUGUUACAUAUGAGAACUGAACUCUUUCGUCUUGGCAAUGGUAUGCAAUGACCAUUUGAGACGCACUGAUGAUGACCAGCUGCAAGAAGAUGUGGUAAAAGAUCCAGAUGGGUCGUGGUUGUCGUUAUCUCUAAUAUAACAGAGGAAGAGCUGCAGGAAGACAUCAAUAAAAAAGAAAAACGAGUAUUAUCCUUAAUACCUCUAUCUCAUACAAGCGGAAGUUCCUCGACAGUUGUAGCCACAGCGGACACCACUGGGCAAGAAUUUGGCGACAUGGGCACUCCACAUUCCUCGUCUGCCUCGUUUCAAGCCUUACAACUACAGCAUGAACCGCUCUUGAGGAGUGACACAUCAGUGGUGACGCCUACAUUGAGGGCAGCAAAAACGCCAAACUUAGUAGUGCCCAAAGCGAGAUUGGAUUUGGAUGGAGGUGAAGAUCCUGACAAAAGAGAUGUUAAGGCUUCUCCUAAUCCAUCUCGUGAAGCAUCCUGAGGAUGCUUUUCGAGGGGAAAAAGAGCUCAGGAUGAUCUUCAGGAUGGAUUCGGGUGAGUUCUAAAGAUGGGGGUGAGAGUGACGAACUUGCUUCUGGGAUGCGGGCAAUAGAUUUGGAUGGUGAUCUUCUAAGUGGAGGUGGAGACUUCUUGGAAAACGAAAAAGACGACGUGGGACUAACGGACGUGGGAAUGACCGCAACAGUCGUGGAAGAUGAAAAGCAAGUAGGCGAAGAAAGCAGUCUGAAAUUGGCGUCGAAUCUCUUGAAAUCUUUUCUUUAGGACAGUAUGCAAAGUUGGUAAGUAUGUUGAUCACUACUUCUAACUAUUUGUGACUUCAUCUUCGUGAAUACAAAAUUAUUUUUCUGUUAGUCGGGGAGAGGAGACAUCUUUGUAGCAUUCAAAUCUACUGAAUUCGUAUCAAGCAAACUCCUGCGCGUUGGCCUGUUCUUCACCUAUCACAUUCAUUGAAAAAUACAGUAGUAAACAAAGAACAGUUCUUCUUCCAUUUCUACAACUACAAGUACUUAACUCCCUCUGCUCUAAUGUCGCGACAACAAGACGCAGAGGAAGAUGGGGGAAGUUUGUCGCAGUGAUCUCUUGCGUGUCGACGACUGGGAUGCCGAGUGGCGUUCGGGCGAGCGUGGUGAAGAAAUGGCUCUAGCAUAUUUCAAGCGACAUUUGAUAUUAUGGCAACCACUGGAGCAUCCUCAACAUCAUCCUUGCUUUCUUUUCUACUUGAAAAAGAAGCGCCUUGUUCCAAGGAUACUAUUACUCUCAAAUCGGAAGAUGCGAACGUAGUAGCUCUAAUGAUGCCUGCUCUCCUGAUAACUGAAAUGCAAACGCAAUUGCGAUACAGUGACAACACUCGCGGGGAACGGUGGCAGGAGGUGCGGAGCAUGUUCGCCGAGAAUCCGGACCCGAGGGCGAUAGUGAAAGCGCUGCCCUUUUACGCACCUCGUCUCACAGCUGAAGUUAAGGCUCAGGACAAUUCGUUUCUACAAGUCAUUUUUUCCUAUUUCCUUCUUAGGAUUGGGAGAAAUGCAGGCCGCGGGACGGAGAAGGAAGAGAACCUUUGGAACGCAUUUCCCUUCAAGUUCCAGGGAAGUAAGGGACUUUCGAGGCGAAUAGAAGACGGAAGUACGCGGUCCUUGAGAGGCGGCGAUCGGUUCAGUUUGACUUAUAAAGUAGAAGCUAGCGUAGCACUAGUGGACCCACACCUAACCUAACCUAAACCUUAUGAACAAGCAAAGGCAUACUUAUAAUAUAGAGAUCACUUCAUGGCUCUAAGGAAGAGGAGCAGGAAGAGAACACUUGGAACGCAUUUCCCUUCAGAGCAGGAGGACUAGGAGUAGCUGUUGGCCGUCCUGUCGGGAGUGAGGUCGUUUUAUUUACGGAUAAGAACUUGCUGCUAGUUCAUGAAUUGGAAUGAUUGACCCUACGGCGAUCACGCUCCGGUGAUCACGAGGAAAAACUACAACAGGAGCACCCACAUGACGUCUUUACUCCCUUCACGAAUUACAACAUGUUCUUGACGAUUACCACUAUUUCAAAGGAUUUCACUGUACAGUCAGGAGCACAUGACUUUACCCAAGUUGAACAUGACAACAAAUUCAGAUAGGCUUUCUGAUUCUAUCAACAGAUUUAGUUAGGCUCUACUCUAAUUUAUCAAGCUUCCACAGGCCACCAAGGGAAAUUACCAAUCUCGAGAAAUACAGUGCCAACAGCAUGCAAGGCUUUGGUACUUCAUUGAAACAGUAACUUCAAAGUAUCACGUAUUCGACUUGUCAUCAUCAUGUGGAGUAGUAGGGUUUUGAUGUAGAAAUCCGGUGUCUUGCAUCUGUCUAAGUACUUUGGAUGUUGCUGUCUAUUUCUUCAUUAUGUGACUAGAAAAGGCGCGCUUUGGCUAUCCGUAGUUUGUGAAAAGUUUGUGAAAAUAGAAGUGUCAUACUUAAAUCAACCUCACACAGUUGAGAUGAUUCAAGCUGGUCGUGCGCAUUACAUUCGAGACCCCAUCGCGGACGACCAAUUAUCUGACGACUACUGGGCUGCCAGUCCCUGGCCGGAACUCGCUGAUUAUGACUACUACACUGUAAAGAUGCUCGGUUGCACGUACAAUCUACUUCGGCGUAACUAGCAAUUUAUGCAUUAACUCUGAUGAAUCAAUACAUAGCGACAACACUGAAUCUUUGGAGUCUGAUGAAUCAAUAUCAACUGUUGCUUCUAAUGAAAUAGCGGCAUUGAGGUCGAUGGGUUUGGUCUUCAGGUCUUGCCGCGAGGUCUUACCUGGAAAACUAUGCCUUACUGGCGAGGGGUAUUAUGGAGACUGCGGGAAGCGAUGCGUGGUGUGGAACAACAACCAAGCGAGGAAGAACGGAGAAAACUUAAGUUAAAAAUCUCUGUCGUGGAACGCGCUUUGCGGCCAGCUUUGUUCGAUGAGCACCGACGAUUCUUUUCCUCGUUGCCGUUUUAUUUCGAGUGUGACGUACACGAAAAUGGCUUGGGUGGUCGCGGGGUGAUAAAUUGGGUACAUGCUGCUCCUGUCCAGUCUUCUGUCCAUUCUCUCAGCUCUGUCGCAGCACAAGAAGAGAGCCCACAAAAAGCAAAGGCCUAUGAAGUCCCGGGACCCGACUGGGAAGCACGACGAGGCCUCUUUUACACGCAAUUCGAAAGGGAAAUCAUCUGGAGAGCGUUCGUGGAUGCCGCAGUUUUACUUACGGCGAAGAUAAUUUACUUCUAGAACCUAGUAGUAUGUACAAGAGCUUAAGGGGAAAUGAAGAGAGAACUAGAUCUUGAUUUAAUACUUAAGAAGAUAAUUUCAAAUGGAAUUAUGUAUUGUUAAAAAGAAAAUGAAAACUGUAGUGGCAGUCCAUUACUUGGCUCCUCUCGUAUCUCUGAACUCGAAGUCGAGGCACCCUAUCCUAUCCUAUCCUAUCCUAUCCUAUCCUAUCCUAUCCUAUCCUAUCCUAUCCUAUCCUAUCCUAUCCUAUCCUAUCCUAUCCUCUCCUAUCCUAUCCUAUCCUAUCCUAUCCUAUCCUAUCCUAUCCUAUCCUAUCCUAUCCUAUCCUAUCCUAUCCUAUCCUAUCCUAUCCUAUCCUAUCCAUUUUCCCUCGUGUCUAAUAGAUGCGCAGAUAGUGACGAUUUGCUGAAAAAGGAUCGGGUAUGGAAAGCUCGGCGUCUUCAAGCCCUUUGGCAGGCUAGAGCGCACUACAACCACACCCGCGCUAUGCCCAGUCCUAUGCCGCGUGAACUGCAGGCAGAAGUAGCACGCCGAUUUUUAUGGCAAGUUUAUUCAAGCACAAAAAGUAAAUUAGCCGGCUAAUUUGCCUCGAUGGUUCGGAUGUCGAUUUUACUUCCUAGCCCCUAUGUGCGAAGUAUGUUAGUGUUUCACUUAUAAUAUUAAUUUGUAUUUUUCUAUAUCUUCGUUUUGUAUUUUUAGCGCCUUCUAGUUAGGGCUCCGCCACAAAAGAUUAUAAGUUUAGUGUUGAAGUCCAAGUCGUGUUCCGAGUAGUUGUAAGACCAUUCUUGGACUUCAAAAGUGUUGAUGUGUGUAAAGGUUGAAAUCUAAUCUUUGGCAAGUCAUCGUGGGGACGAAAUCCCACACCUGUGCUCGCUUCCUUGAUCGCGGAUGCCGCAGAUUUUGUUGAUUUGGCGCCUCAUUUGAUGCCAGUGAAAUUGGUCAUGGAUGUUGAAGCGAUGGCCGUACUUUUACCAAAGACCUCCGCCACGAAAGCGUUAAGUGAUGAAGAAAAAGUGCCUCCAAAGAACUACGCAUUGUCCUCUGAACAGGAUCCGGGAACUACUGACAACGACAAGGAACAACUAAAUGCAGAAUUUGUUGAUAAUCAAGUUUUGCCAGUAUUGCGGAAACUUUUUUCGAAUGCUCUAGAUUUGGCAAAAGAAUCGAACCACACAUCGGGGUACGCAAUCUCUUCGAAAGCAGGCGCGGCUCAAGGGAAGAAAAGUCACUUCCUUAUGUUCUUCACAGGGAUCAUGAUAGUGAUUAGUUAUAGUUCUCCACCUUGUUCUCAUGAUUGGAUCUAUUUCAUGUUGCAGCUCCUACUUCGUCGUAGCAUUCAUUCAGCAUUGUAUAAUCGUACUCAUCCAUUUCGUAGUAGUAUUCAUCCAUUUCGUGGCGCAGCUUCAUGUAAAGUGGUAGUGUAGUAGACGGAAGCUGUAGUGUAGUAGCCUGCCCUACCCCUGGAGUGGAUACACUCAUUUAUUCACUCAUAAAGGUACUAUGAGCUUGUGUGUCGUCUUCUACUUCUUUCUCUAAGCGCUGGGUUGGAGGUGCUCCAUUAGCGCCACAUCUUAUCGGUCAAGACUUUGACAGGAGCGCAGGGGCAUUACUGUCGGUAUCGAACCUUGAAGAAAGAAACCCGUCGCCGCAUUUGGUCCAGCUGCAGCAGAUAGUUGCUGAGAAGAGGGCUCAGGAGGCUCUUGCACACGCUGCGCAGGCUCAACUUAAGGCAUCAUUCAAUGUUACAUUGAUCCAUUGUAUAUACCUCUGCCUUUUUUCUAUCUUUCCUAGGUAGAUUGGCUCCGCCACAAAUACUUAGAAGUAGAACGGAGACAGACCUCCACCUCUAAAUGUAAACACUGUUAGAGACGCACUGAAGAUGCAAUAUUAAAAUUAAUGCAAUUGUGAAUUGAUUGUAUCCCUUCUAUCUACCUAGAAGAGAGACGGACCUUCACUUCUAUAGUACUCAUAGCAAUCUGACAAGGUCGCUUCUUGGUUUUGUAUCUUUUCGCGACCUAGAAAUAGGAAAUACAAAAAGCUAGUUGGCGUCAUUCAGUGGCAGGCGAAAUGGGCAUGAGAACCAUCUAAUCAUAAGAAAGGUAAAGGCAAAGGGCAAAAAGGCAAAUGCAAAGGACAAAAAGGUAAAGGCAAAGGACAACAGAACACCACUCUUGGACUUCAAGAUGGAGAAACUACUCGGAACACGACUGGACAUCAAAAUCUGAGAGGAACUCAGAACACCGUUGGACUCCAAAAUGGAGAAACUACAACUGA